AUGAUAACAAGGAUUUAAAGUAUGCAUGGUAUAGAGUGCGAACAGUCUCGAUCCCUAGCACUCUGCUGACUAUUCGUAGGGCAAAACAUAUUUUACAUAACUUGUUUGCUAGCUUUUGAGUAUGUGUAGACCACUCUAAAUUCUUGUCUAGCCAUAUUCCCCAAAAUUUUGUGUAUUCCACAUUAUUGAUUUCUUUGCCAUAAAAUUUUAUUGACGGGUAUUCUAGGUACAUCUUCUGAGUGUGCUGGAAGGAUAUUGCUACCGUUUUCUCUAUAUUAAUAAUUAACUUAUUCUUUCGAACCACUCUGAGUGUAUUUAUUGUUUCACUUAUUUCCUUUUGGACAACAUCGACCAUAUUCCCUGAUAUAAAAAGACUGGUAUCGUUGACAAAGAACGUUGGUUUUCCCUGCUGAAUACCUGCUUCUAAAUCAUUGAUAUAUAGCAGAAACAAAACUGGUCCAAGAACAGAACCUUGCGGGACUCCAUGACUUACGGGUCUUUGUUGUUGGUUACAAAUACAAAAGCCAUAAAUGCAGUACAACUGAGACACAAAAAAAAAUACAUCCACACAUAUAAGUCAAUACUGUCAACUUAUGCUAUGUACAUAACCUUUUAAAAGGAUGAGUCAUUAUUAGACAUUUUAAGACAUAUCACUCGUAUUAUACAAUUACUGAAAUACAUCAAUAAUUAUAAAUACAACACUGAGGCUACUGACACCGUCGCAAAAUAGUUCACAGCAAGAAAAUCCAUGGACACCACAUAACCCUCUAAUUACUGUUCAGACUGCUACGCUUGCCCCCUCCAGUGUCGUACUUCCAUAUAUUCCACUUCACUCGUCAGCUCAUUCUCCUCAUUUUAAUUCAUGCGUGCAACCACGGAUUCGUACACCACGUGUGGGUUCUCGUGGUAGAUACUAUCAAUGGGAUAUUGAAUUGAAUUGAAUUGAAUUUAUUUACAUUCCGUUACCUCAUCGGUCUCAUCUCAGAGCAGGCCAUUGCUGCCAACGCUGUCAACGGUACUCUGAGCUCUGAAACGUGAAAUGUGAGAGAUCUGAUUACAUCGCAAUGAUAGCAGUUAAGGAAGCAAUUUUCGUUAUGCUUAUAAGUCUUAUAUUGUGAGGUGUAAACAAGGAAUUCUGGAAGGGUUUAAUUUAUAUGGCAUUCGUUUGUUAAAUAAGUUUAGUGUCAAGAACAUACUGGUAAUUCUUGUAGGGUACAGAAAUGUCUAGCUUGGUGAAGAGUAUUACUCAUUAUGUUGUAAAUACACGGUCCCUAAGGAAUGUUGCACGGUUUGAAAGUGUGUUUGUUAGACGUCAGGUGUUUCAAAAAAUUGAUCAAAACGUUAAAUAUUUAAAGACAGUAGCAGCUGAUACAAAGCUUAUCGAAGAAGCUAGUACUACAACUGAAGAAGAUGACGAAGUUACGGCCAGAAAGGAAGAAGAAAUUCAAAGGAAAAGAAAUAAAUCCCGAUUGAAUCCUCAGCAUAGAAACCUACUGCAUGAAAAAGUGCCUUAUUCUGAACCCAUGGACUGGUUUCAUGAAACCGUGAAAUAUAAGCGUAAGAUGUAUGGUCGCUAUGGGCAGUCAAGUGGAGUUCUUCCAGGUAUAAUGUGGCCCACUAGAGAGGAACUAGAAGAAAUGAAAGAGUAUGAGAGCGUGGCAUAUCCGUAUACUAUUCAAGAACUAAUGACGAGAGCGGAGACUAAAAAAAAGGAAGAACAGGAAGCAUUAAAGGCGAGGGAAGAAGAUAUCAUGAAGAAAUUUGCUAAGCUGGAACAAUGGAAGCAUGAAGUUAAGGUUAAUGCUGCCAAAAAAUUGGCAGAGGUAGAAGCUGCCAAGGCGAAGAAAGCUAGGUUGGUGGAGGAAGUGCGUCGUCACUUCGGGUUCAAAAUUGAUCCUCGGGAUGAUCGCUUUAAGGAACUGUUAGAAGAGAAAGAAAAAGAAGAACGUAAAAAGGCCAAAGAUGCUAAGAAGAAAGCCAGACAACAGCUGGUAAUGACCAGGUUGAAGGAACAGAUGCAGCUAACUCAGGAGGAGAACAGAAUAGUGUCUGAUAAUGUAGAACAGAAACCAUAAUGUGCUGCAUCUGUUUGUAUAGUUUCUUCUGUAACCAGAUAUGAAAUUUGUACAUUUUAGUGGUAAUUUACACAAAAGGCCAUUUUUUUCUGUAGUGACUGAAAUUCAGUAUGCAUUACAAUUUAUCCUGUAUGCAUUUUUUAUUUACGGUAAUUUUGUUAUAAAAUUGAAAUUGAAAUCUAAUGAACAACAGAAGAAACAAGAUGAAGAAUUUGUCUGAAUUUCUAUAUUUUUCUCAUUGCACAGGAGAAUGAACCUGUACUUCACUUAGCCAGUGGUUAUGUUUACAUUAUACAUAUAAAUAAGAAGUUCUGGGAAGAACUAAUAGCCUACUUUCCUUUCACUGUAAUUUGAGUAUCUGACAUGACAAGUAGAAAGAAAAUUUUAAGUAUGUGUGCUAAUUGAAUUCAAUAAAGCAAUACAGUUUGGACACUUCA